AUGAGGCCCAAAUCUUGGCUGAAUCGGAUGCUCCUCAUGAGCCUGGGGAUCCCCGAAUCUUCUCCCCCUGCCAUUUGCCUCGACGUGGUUAAAUGUGGGAGACCGGACUCCCAAUGGGUAAAACUAAACGUCGAUGGGUCGGCCUUGAACAACCCAGGAUCAUGUGGAGGCGGCGGCAUCUGUCGGAGGGAGGAUGGCAAUAUGAUUUUCGCCUUUUCUUCUGGGUAUGGGCAGGGGUCCAACAAUAGUGCAGAAUUCUUCUCCAUAUACAAGGGUCUUUCCAUUUGUGUGCGCUUGGGACUAAGGCAGGUUUUGGUCGAGUCAGAUUCCAAAAUGGUAGUGGAUCUCAUCAACGGGGUCUCGCAGGGGGGCUGGAAAUGGUCUCAUUGGCUCGCCCGUAUUGCUACCUUAACCAACCUCGGUUCGUUCCAUUUUUCUCAUAUUUUAUGA